AAUUAGUGGAGGCUAAUGAUAUCAUAUCCAUGGAUUAUUUAAAGUUAUUAAACAAUGAAAAAAUCAACAUCUUAGACAUACAGAGUCUUUUAUCUAAUGAAAGUUGCGGCGCUUCCGCUAUCUUUGUGGGUACAACGCGUGACACGUUUGAAGAUAAGAAGGUUAUACUUUUAGAAUAUGAGGCAUAUGACAGCAUGGCUCUGAACGAAAUGGCUAACAUAUGCUCCGAAAUACGUCUACGCUGGCCUAGCUUAAAAAAUAUUGUGAUAUAUCAUAGACUUGGUGCAGUCCCAAUUUGUGAAGCAAGCGUUGUUAUUGCCUGUUCGGCUCCACACCGUCAAGAAGCUUUAGACUCUGUUGGCUACGCAGUUAACCAAUUAAAGUCUCGUGUUCCCAUCUGGAAAAAGGAAAUAUACGAGAAUGAACCCAUCGGAACAUGGAAGAUAAAUAAAGAAUGCCCCUGGCCUACAAAUAAGCAUCGUCCUGCAAGCUGGUAUAAUUUUAAUUAUUGCAAAUUCACAAAUAAUUUAAAAACCAAUUCUGAAAAAAUUGUUCAAAUCGGAGUAACUGAUUCCGAGUUUAAAAAACGUGUGGAGUCUUUCGUUAAAAGAAAGCGAGUAGAAAUCAAUACAAACAAUAUAAUGGACUUCAAGGAAUUGCAUAAUAAUUUAAUGGAUAAAGGUGUUAGCUACGCAUUGGACGCUUCUUGUGCGCGUGCACAAACUGUGCUGUUAAAACAACAAAAUUCCAAAUGCCUCUUGAAAGUACACCGAGUCAAAAACCGUAUUGGCCCACAGCUGCAGAUGAACUAUUUGCUUGAAAUGCACAAGUUGAUAAAAAAACAGGAUCAGAUAUCCGAUCAUACCAAAAACCAAAUCAAUUUAAAAUCUCGUUUACAAAUUAUUGAGUCGUACAUGGGACUGAUCGCAUCUGAUAGAGAUAACCUUUUGCUUCGACUCAAGAAUAUAGAAAAUCAAAUUUUAUUUUAUGAGUCAUCAUCUCCGGAGUAUAAACAUUUUUGUAACAAUUUUCUUGACCACAAAUCACGUUUGAUUGCAAACUCUACAAAGAAAACCUGUCAGGCAACUGAAUUAGGCGAAUUCAUACAGGCCAUAAAGCUGAGUCUUUCUACUGGUUCUUCUGCAGCCACCAAAAGCCAAUCUUCUGAAUAAAGUUUGAAAUUCAAACAAGUAAAAAAGCUAAAGUCGGGUGUCCCGACUUUGAAAUACUCUGUACAUAUGUUUACAAUAAUUAUAGAAAAUAAAAAAAAUUAAGAA